AUGGCCAAAAACUCAAAUGAUGAAACGAAAGAUAACUUGGAUGGCAAGAAACCUUCUGACUCUGCCUCAGACAUCUCAGUCCCUAUCAUCGACUUCACAGGCGUCCACGAGGGUUCACUAUCGCGUGAACGUGUCGUAGGUAAGAUCAAAGACGCUGCAGAGAAGUGGGGAAUUUUCCAGCUGAUCAAUCAUGAUAUUCCUUUAACUGUUCUUGAGGAGAUCAAAGAUGGAGUUGUUAGAUUUCAUGAGGAAGAUCCUGAGGUUAAAAAAUCUUACUUCUCGCCAGAUAACACUAAGACAUUCAAUUACCUAAACAGUUUCGAACGUGAAGAUGUGUCUGUUGGUAACUUGAGAGACAGCUUCUCGUGUUACAUGGCUCCUAAUCCUCCAAACCCUGAGGAGCUCCCAGUGGCUUGCAGAGAUGCUAUGAUUGGAUACUCGGAUCAUGUGAAGAGGUUUGGUGGUUUGAUCUUUGAACUUAUCUCAGAAGCUCUGGGUUUGAGCCCUGAGACACUUAAGAGGAUGGAAUGCACAAAGGGUUUGCAAAUGAUCUGCCAUUAUUACCCUCCUUGUUCACAACCUGGCCUAACUUUGGGCACAUGGAAACAUACCGACAACACUUUCAUCACUAUUCUUUUUCAAGAUCAAGUUGGUGGUCUUCAAGUUCUUCAUCAAGAUUGUUGGGUUGAUGUAACUCCCAUUCCUGGUGCUCUUGUCAUCAACGUUGGAGAUUUCUUGCAGAUGAUGACAAACAAUAGGUUCUUAAGCGUGAACCAUAGAGCGCUUGCAAACAAAGUUGAACCGAGGAUUUCAGUCGUCUGCUUCUUCUGCUAUCCUGCGAAUCUGAAUUCCACACCUUAA